ACUUACAACUAAAGCCCCUUAGCCUGAGUGUAUAUUUACAAAGCACUGUAGUUCAUGUAAAUGGGGUUUUCAUGAAAUUCACGGAGCUGUGACGUAUUAUUUAUGCGACAUAUUUUGCAACGAGAGGGGCACCGCAUCAGCUGGACAAAACUCGUUCGUGACUAUUUAGAACCCCGGUGACUGCUUUAAUUUCGCAAUAUGACACUACGAAUAGAACAGCUUCACUGCACCUCGCGACCAAACUUGACGUCAGACGCGUUGACGCUUUAAAGGUCGCUGUCAGCGUUUUCCUGGAGGAUGUCUGCGACUGCACUGCGUUUGAUUCGAUGCAGGAGACUCAGCACGGUCGGGUUGCCUGGCGUGACCAAGGCGCUGCGGUCGAGGGACCUAAGGAAGAUUGCUAAAGUAACAGCAGCUGCGGUGUUCGGAGGCUGCCUUUUCAUCACUUAUGAGGUGGUGGCCUUGGACAAGGGGGUGACCAUCGAUACCAGUGCGAUUCUGCAGGAGAAGUACAAGUCUUACAUCUACCUUCGAGCCAGUCCCUCUGAUGAAAAGGAGAACGUCGCGGCAGAGCUCACACAAAAGACAAGGAGGGAACUCCACAAAGCGGCAAGGCGCUUUCUGGAAAUUUCUUCGCGGCUUCUGCUGCGGUCAUUAGAUGAACGGCUCAGUAACGUGGACGCAGACCCACACGAGGUGGCCUUAUGGAUCCUACUGAAGAAGACGCAGUCCGAGAAUCGUGCGCUCAGAAUUCAAGCUGCGCAGGAACUGGCGGACAGUUGCCACUGGCACGACUACCAGUACCAGACCGCAGCCCAGGUGAUAGACCAGAGGACCGCAGUGGGCCUUGCUCGAACGCCUCGAGCAGACCUGAGGUUCUUCCUGCGUCCGCCGGCACUCCCUGACCUUGAUGAUGGUUUCUCUGCAGAGGACGGUCUGAGGCAGCUGCUGGCCUCCCUGCCGCAGUCUGAAGUGGACAAAUGCGUUCAGUACUUCACCUCGCUGGCCCUCAGAGAAAGCACACAAGCGUUAGCAGCGCAGAGGGGCGGCCUAUGGUGUUUCGGUGGCAACGGCUUACCUUACGCCCAGAGCCUCACGUCUGUUCCCUCGGAGAAGGUGGAGUCCUUCUGCCUGCAGGCUCUGGUGCAGCACUCCAAGGUCAGGAGCCACUGUGACCACAUCGUGUCCAACGGAGGCCUGCAGCUCCUUCAGAGGGUCUAUCAGCUCCGCAGAGACUCCAAGAAUAUACAGAGGAACAUUGUACGGAUCAUCGGGAACCUGGCACUUAACGAGAGAGUUCACCGGGCCAUCGUGGAGUCAGGGUGGCUGUCAGUGCUGGCCGAGAUGGUGCAAUCUCCUCACGUCAUGGAGGCGUCUCACGCAGCUCGCGCCCUGGCCAACUUGGACAGGGAGACGGUGAAGGAGAAGUACCAAGACGGCGUCUACGUCCUCCACCCGCAAACACGCGGCAACCAGCCGAUCAAAGCAGACGUGCUGUUCAUCCACGGCAUCCUGGGGGCGGCUUUUAAGACGUGGCGCCAGAGGGAUCGAAAUGCGUUACGAGACGAGAACGACGAAGACAGCGGGGAUGAUUACACGGAGUGCUGGCCAAAGACGUGGCUAGCAGCGGACUGUCCGAAUCUGAGGGUGUUAUCGGUGGAAUACGACAGCCACCUUAGUGACUGGGUGGCCAAGUGCCCGGCCGAGAAUCAGAGAAAGUCCUUGGCCUUCAGGAGUCGAGAGCUACUCAAAAAGCUUAAGAUGGCGGGAGUUGGAGACCGGCCGGUGGUCUGGGUAGCUCACAGUAUGGGAGGCUUGCUGGUGAAAAAAAUGCUGAUUGAUGCCUCGGAGGAUCCGGACAUGAGCGAUCUGUUCCAAAACACCAAGGGCAUUUUGUUCUACAGCGUUCCCCAUCACGGCACCUUCAUGGCAGAAUACUCAGUCAAUGUCCGCUAUCUACUUUUCCCUUCCAUUGAGGUCAGAGAGCUUUGCAGAGACUCUCCGGCACUGCGUGACCUGAACGAGAACUUCUUGAAUAUGGCCAAAGAAAAAGAGAUCAAGGUGCUAAGCUUUGCAGAGACGCUGCCCACAAACAUUGGUCCGAUGAUCAAGAUACUGGUGGUGCCUGCACAGUCUGCCAAUAUCGGCAUCGGGGACUUGAUCGAGGUGGACGUGGAUCAUCUCAGCAUCUGCAAGCCAGAGAGGAAGGACUCAUUUUUGUACAAGCGCAGCCUCCAGUUCAUCCAGGAAACACUGCACAGUUCCAUCGGUCGAUGACGACAACUUUUCAUCCCAGGAUACUCCAAGCAACCCUGAACCACAACUCUUCAUCAUAGCCGACUUUACUCAUCACGAAUAUUGCAGUCACAGUGAAGAGUUGCCAGUAGUGAUAGUAAACUGGAUGCUGAUCUCUCACAAAGUGGAUUUCAACACUUAUUUUAAAAGUGGUUGGUGUAACAAAAAAACAUGUCCACCUGCUUUUAUUUUUCCUAAAUUAAGACAGACCAUCUUAUUUAUUUCAGACAUGAUUCUUAAUGUUUUUUUUAACCAUGACACUGGCUUAUCAUGAAGUAUUUAAGACCAACGUUAUACUUGUUGUUUAUUUAUGCUGAAUUUAGGGACCUAUUUUGAUGUGCAACUUCAACUACCACUGUUCAAAUACAUUUUUAAAAAUUCUUUUGCAUCACACAUUUCAGUGAGAAUAAAACGUGUUAAGUUGGGGGUCUCAA